UGGGCAAAACAGGGAGAAUAAUGGGGAGCCAUCCAUGGUGUCAUCAGAAAAUGUAGAGCAAGAAGCAUGGAAAGAGACUUUUGUUUAUCAAGGGGCACCCCAAAAGCAUGUAGGAAACAUGUUGAAGAGUGGUGGAAUUAAAUCCUCGGCUACUGAGGACACCGAUGUCCAUGUACCCCCGAGUUCACAGGAAGAUCACACAGAAAACCCUGGGAAAGCAUGUCUAGAACGCAGCAAACUAAAUAGUCACCCAACUCAAUUUAAUAUACGUUACAACAUCCACACAGGAGAGAAACCACUGAAAUGUUUGAAGUGUGGAAAGAGCUUCAGUCAUAGUAAAACUCUUGCUCAACAUCAAAGAACUCACACAGGGGAGAAACCAUUUAAAUGCCUAGAGUGUGGGAAGAGCUUCAGUCGCAGUGGAACUCUAACUCAGCAUCAAACAACGCACACAGGAGAGAAGCCAUUUAAAUGCAAAGAGUGUGGAAAGAGCUUCAGUGGCAUUAGUAACCUUACUAAGCAUCUAAAAACCCACACAGGGAAGAAGCCAUAUAAAUGCAAGGAGUGUGGAAAGAGCUUCACCCAUAGGAAUACCCUUACUUUACAUCAAAGAACCCACACAGGGGAGAAACCGUUCAACUGCAUGGAGUGUGGAAAGAACUUCACUCAUAAGAAUACCCUUACUUUACAUCAAAGAACCCACACGGGGGAGAAACCGUUUAAAUGUAUGGUGUGCGGAAAGAGUUUCAGACAUGGUGGAAGCCUUAAUUUGCAUUACACAACACACACAAUGGAGAAACCAUUUAAAUGCAAGGAGUGUGGAAAGUGCUUUAGUUGGAGAGGUUACCUUUAUUCACAUCAAAGAACCCAUACAGGAGAGAAACCUUACACAUGUAUCGAGUGUGGAAAGAGCUUUACCCAGAGUGGAAACCUUACUGCACAUCAAAGAAUCCACACAGGGGAGAAACCAUUUAAAUGUAUGGAGUGUGGAAAGAGCUUUUGUGGGAGAGGUGACCUUACUCAGCAUCAAAGAACGCACACCGGGGAGAAACCAUUUAAAUGUAUGGAGUGUGGAAAAAGUUUCAGUAGCAGUGGGUAUCUUAAUGUACAUCAAAGUAUACACACAGGGGACAAACCAUAUGCGUGCAUAGAGUGUGGAAAGAGUUUCAGUACAAGUGGAAACCUUAGAUUCCAUCAACAAACCCACACAGGGGAGAAACCAUUUAAAUGCAUACAGUGUGGAAAGGAUUUCAGUCAGAGUGGAAGACUUAUUGCGCAUCAAAUCACCCACACAGGGGAGAAACCAUUUAAAUGUAUGGAGUGUGGAAAGAGCUUUAGCCAGAGAGGAAGCCUUAUUGCACAUCAAAGAAUCCAUACUGGAGAGAAGCCAUUUAAAUGUAUGGAGUGUGGAAAGGGAUUUAGCCAGAAGGGAAGACUUACUGCACAUCAAAUAACCCACACAGGGGAGAAACCAUUUAAAUGUAUGGAGUGUGGAAAGAGUUUUAGUCAGAGUGGAAACCUUGCUUCACAUCAGAUAACGCACACAGGAGCAAAACCUCACAGAUGUAUGGUGUGUGGAAAGAGUUUCGGUUCAAGACGUAACCUUACUGUUCAUGACAGAACCCAUACCAGUGAGAAACUACUGAAAUGUAUGGAGUGUGGAAUGACCUUUAGCCAGAGCAGAAGCCUUACUGCACAUCAAAGAACCCACACAGGGGAGAAACCAUUUAAAUGUAUGGAGUGUGGAAAGAGCUUCAGUCGCAAUUACUAUCUUACUUUACAUCAAAGAACCCAUAGAGGAGAGACACCAUAUAAAUGCAUGGAGUGUGGAAAGAGCUUCUGUGAUAGGGGAAGUCUGAAAUCACAUCAAAGAAUCCACACUGGGGAGAAACCAUUUAAAUGCAUGGAGUGUGGCAAGAGGUUCCCUAGGAGUAGUGCCCUUACUGUGCACCAAAGAAUCCACACAGGGGAGAAACCAUUUCAAUGCAGAGAGUGUGGAAAGAGCUUCCGUAGGACUAGUGACCUUACUGUGCAUCAAAGAACCCAUACAGGGGAGACACCCUAUAAAUGCAUGGAGUGUGGAAAGAACUUCUGUGAUAGGGGAAGCCUCAAAUCACAUCAAAGAAUCCACACAGGGGAGAAACCGUUUAAAUGCAUGGAGUGUGGGAAGAACUUUCGUAGGACUUGUGACCUUACUGUGCAUCGGAGAAUGCACACAGGGGAGAAACCCUUUAAAUGCAUGGAGUGUGGAAAGAGCUUCAGUCAGGGAAAUAGACUUACUUUACAUCAAAGAAUCCACACGGGAGAGAAACCCUUUAAAUGCAUGGAAUGUGGAAAGAACUUCAGUCAGAGAAGUAAACUCACUUUACAUCAAAGAAUCCACACAGGGGACAAACCAUUUAAGUGCAUGGAGUGUGGAAAAUGCUUCACUCAGAGGAGUAAACUUACUUUACAUCAGAAAAUCCACAGAGGAGAAAAACCAUUUACAUGUGUGGAGUGUGGGAAAUGCUUCAGUCAGAGGAGUAAUCUUACUUUACAUCAAAGAACCCACAGUGGGGAGAAACCAUUUAAAUGUGUUGAGUGUGGAAAGUGUUUCAGUCAGAGGAGUAAUCUUACUUUACAUCAAAGAACCCAUAACAGGGAGAAACCGUUUAAAUGUGUUGAGUGCGGAAAGAGCUUCAGUCAAAGGAGUAAUCUUACUUUACAUAAAAGAACCCACACAGUGGGAAAAUUGCAUGAAUGUAUGGAGUAUUGAAAGAGGUUCAGUUGUUCUUACCCUCUUAUUUUACAUCAAAGAAUCCACACUGGGGAGCCAUAUUUAUACAUGGUGUUUGGAAAGAACUUCAGUUGGGAAAGGUGACCUUACUAAGCAUUAAAGAACCCACACAGGGUAGAAGCCAUUUAAAUGCAUGGCGUGUGGAAAGAACCUCUCUGAGCCUCAGAUCCCAUCGACCAAUCCACACAGGGGAGAAGCUCUUUAAAUGUAUGGUACAUCAAAAGAGUUUCAGAUAUAGUGGAAGCCUUAACUUCUAUCCAAAACCCUUGUUGGGGAGAAAUUCAUGAGUGUGGAAAGAACCAUGAUAAGGGAAGUCUCAUAUCACACCACAAAACCCACACCAUGGAGGAAACCCUCUAAGUGAAUGGAAUAGGAAAAGAGCUGCAAUGGGAGCUAAUUUUGUAUCUUGCAUUUUCCUUGAUGUUUAUCCUGGACACCAGUUUGACCUCGGGUCUAACCUGCCUCCAAGACCAGAGGAGCUUGUUCCCUGGGGUUAACCUCUCUGUUGGCAGCUUCUGUUAAAUUAAGACGUCGCUCUGGGAAUAUAGAAACAUUAGAUUACAGGAGGGGUAGAAUUUAGCUGGGCGAAUGCAUAUACUUAGCUAUGGUUAAAUUCAUAGUUAAUUUUAAUCCCCUGAGCUAGAUUAUAGCUUUCAGGUAAUGCCCACUUUACCAGAUACUUUCAUAGAUUUAGUUUCACAACUUCUUUCUCCCAUUUAACCAAUGUGUUGCAUAGUGUUAUUUU